CAGUCCCGGAGCCUGGCAGAGCUGCCUCGCCCUCCGCAGGUCGCCUGUCUCACUGUCCAGACGUCCUGUGCAGGAUCUCAGUGCAGAGAUUCGCGGCAGCGAGUCUCCAUCCCCCUGGGGCCGCUGCAGGGUUUCUCAUUCUGGCCCCCACAGCUCCCAGCUUGUGUGAUCCCCUCACCAUGUGGCUGUCCGUGGUGGCCCUCGUGGGCCUGUACUACCUCCUGCGCUGGUACUGGGAGAGGCAGGUGGUGAGCCACCUCCAGGACAAGUACGUCUUCAUCACGGGCUGUGACUCAGGCUUCGGGAACCUACUGGCCAGGCAGCUGGACCUGCGAGGCUUGAGGGUGCUGGCCGCGUGUCUGACGGAGGAGGGGGCCCAACAGCUGAGAGGCCAGACGUCAGACAGGCUGGAGACGGUGAUCCUGGACGUCACCAAGACAGACAGCAUCUCUGCGGCCACUCAGUGGGUGAAGGAGCGUGUGGGGGACAGAGGACUCUGGGGCCUGGUGAAUAAUGCUGGCAUCUCUGUGCCCACGGCACCCAAUGAGUGGCUGACCAGGCGUGACUUCAUGAAGAUACUUGACGUGAAUCUCUUGGGGUUGUUGGAGGUGACGCUGAGCCUGCUGUCCCUAGUGAGGAAGGCGAGGGGCCGCGUGGUCAAUGUCUCCAGCGUCAUGGGCCGGCUGUCCCUUUUUGGUGGGGGCUACUGCAUCUCCAAGUAUGGCGUCGAGGCCUUCUCGGACUCCCUCAGGUAUUGAACUGGGACAGAGGCCCUCCCUCAGUCCUCCUCGUCUGUGCUUCUGGGGGAGAUUUUUCUAGGGGGUUCAUUUCCUCACAGCCUCAGAGGCUCUUCCUUCCAGAUGCUUCUCUCUUGCUUUGUGCCAGACAUUCAUUGGGAAGCACCAUCCUAUGCUCUGGGUGUUGGAAUAGGCCCCAGGCAUAUAGAACUGGUUUCACCCAUCGCUGCCCUGGGGGAGGGCCCACAGUAGGGAAGUGUCUGAGGCAGCGUUGGACCUGAGAUCAUUUGGCUACAGAGCUCAUGUCCAUAAUUCCUAUAAUGUUCAGCUUCAGGGGGCCCUUCACGUGGGGGUCCAGCAUUUGACUCCAUUCAAUAGUUACUUCUCGGCACUUCUGUGAGUAUACAACGUAGGUGUCUGACCUAAAAAUUAUGACAGCUGAGGGGCGCCUGGGUGGCUCAGUAGGUUAAGUGUCUGCCUUUAGCUCAGAUCAUGAUCUCA